AUGCUGUCCUGUUUCCGUUUCCUCUCCAAGUUCAUCAGCCCUUCGCUGCUGGCCCUGCGCAGCACAGGCUGCAGCCUCGUGAUUCCGCAGCUCUGGGUCUCCAGGCGCCCCUGGGACCCUCAGUCGGCCACCCCGCGACUUCUGCUGGCCACAGUGGCCUCCUCCUGGGACCCCUCUGGGCCUUCCCGCGUGCGCCAGAACUUUCACCGCGACUCCGAGGCCGCAGUAAACCACCAAAUCAACCUUGAGCUCUAUGCGUCCUAUGUGUACUUGUCCAUGGCCUAUUACUUCUCCCGCGAUGACGUGGCCUUGUACAACUUCUCCAGGUAUUUUCUUCGCCAGUCCCGGGAGGAGAGAGAGCAUGCAGAGAAGCUGAUGAGGUUUCAGAACCAGCGAGGAGGCCAGAUCUGCCUAAAGGACAUCAAGAAGCCAGACAAGGAUAACUGGGAAAGUGGGCUGCAUGCCUUGCAGUGUGCUCUAGUCUUGGAGAAGAAUGUGAACCACUCAUUGCUGGAAUUGCACACCCUGGCCUCAGACAAAGGUGACCCCCAUUUAUGUGACUUUCUGGAAACCCAUUACCUGAAUGAACAGGUGAAGUCUAUCAAAGAACUAGGUGACCAUGUACACAACUUGAUUAAGAUGGAGUCCCAGGAUGCUGGCCUAGCAGAGUACCUUUUUGACAAACAUACCCUUGGAAACGAAAAACAGAACUAA